AUGGCCGACGACGGCGCGCGCGGGACGUUGGCGAGCGAUUGGCGCGCGUUCGCGCUGGAGACGCAGCGGUCGUUUGAAGAUUUCGCGAGCGCGAGCGCGCGGGUGGCGCGCGACGCCUCCGCGCGCGCCACCGCGGCGUCGAGGGAGGUGGUGAAUACGUCCGCGACGUUGGCGCGAGAGACGUCGAGCGCGAUGGCGCACGUGGACAGGGAUCGAGUGAUUCGAUUCUUCGCGUGCGCGCUCGCGAGCGCGUUCGCGUACGGUUUGGGAUUCUUCGUCGGUUUGCCCACGCUCCCGCUGGCGCCGGCGAAGUUCGGGUUGUGUUUCACGACGGGGACGAUGUGCUCGCUCGCCGCGGUCGGGGCGCUGCGAGGGAUGGAGGGACAGGUGAAACACAUGACGAGCGAGGAGCGGUUGCCGUCGAGCGUUGGGCUUUUGAUCACGACCGGGAUGACGCUCAGGGCGGCGCUGUGGAUGCACUCGUACGUGAUGACGGUGUUUUGGAGUGUUUUGCAGGCGUUCGCGGUGGUGCACUAUCAGGUGAGUUACUUUCCGUACGGAAGACAGGGGUUGCGGGCGACGGUCGCGGUGGCGACGCAAAUCGCGUCUCCGGCGUGCGGCGGGUGUUUCCGCGCGCUCGGGUUCACGACGCGAUCGAACGGGGUUUUGCCCGUGUAA